AAUUAAUGUGUUGUCUACUGGCAUAUGGCAUAUGGCAUAUGACAUAUGGCAUCACAAAUAUUGUGACCAAGUCCCAGGUUGCUGAUCUGACUUUCUGCCUCAUUUACACACAAUUGCAGGGUCUCAAUUGUUUUUCUUAUAUACUUUGACAACACAACAUACAGUAUAUUUUUUUUUCUCUUUUGGUCUGAUUUAUUUUUCUUUUAAUUUAUUAAUUUAUUGUGUCAGUUGACAAUAUUAAGUCGUGGCCUUCUCGGAUGGGUCCUUCUGGUCUGGAAGGUUGCUGAUCUCAGGCCGACCUGACCAUCAUCAAACUACGUGGGCCUCAACUGACGUCACCGCGGUUGCUGGAGUAUCGGAUUUUUUUCGCACUUCAUUUUUCCAACAUUCGCAGCCUAAGAUCCAAUUUGCAUGCCGCGAAAUCUGGCUCGAAAGCAGUAAUAGUCACAGUUAUAAACUGAUGCGUUGAACGUGUGAGUCUGGCGCCAGUUUGCAACACAAGUUUGUAAGGCGUGCCGUCACAACACUCUCUGGCAGAUUGUUCCAAGAGGUCACUACUCUCACUCCGAUAAAGUUACCCCUCAGUUUUCUGGGCUUGCGGCUUCUUCAACCUUGAGCUCGUGUCAUUGCCAUUGGCGGCGUGCUCUGGUAUACCAAUAGUUGUACAGUAUUACCACGAGACACUGAUAUCCCACUUGUCUUAUCACCAUUUCUUUUUGCGUCGGGGUGAGUAUUGAAGUGGUGUGGAGGUGAUUUAUGGUGGUGGUAUGUCGUGGGUAAUCGUGGUGUGUGGGAGUGACUGUUAAGAAUAAUUGGAGGAAAAUGUAUUAACGAAUAUGGUUAAUUUAGGACGAAACUUGAUACUUUUUCUCUAAUUUCAUCGCACAAAUAAUAAUUUUACAGAGACACCAGGAAAAAUAAAAAUAAAUAUUCAUAUAUCAGCGUUGUAUCCCAUUAUAGUCAUAAGUUAAUAUAACAUAACAUUGUGCAUAUAAGCAGAGUACAGGUAAUGUAUGGUACUUAUAGGGGUUCAAGGUUAUACUAAACGGUACAAUUAAUCCCGAUAUCGUACAAGAACGAAUACAAGUAUGUUAGCUCAAGAAGUCAUUAGUGUUGCCCAGAAUUUGAUGUGUGUUGUCUAAGGUAAGCAAAUUGGUAAAUAUGAAGACCUGAACAAAUCUGUAUGUCAGUGAGAAAGACGUUUUCAAACCCACUGAAGACGCAUUUGUCCACCAUGUAAAGCGAGCUACACUACCUUACAAAGUUACAAUCGUGUAUUUGGGUCAAGGCUGAUCAACCACAAGUCCACAAUCUGUCAAUCCAGACCAAUUCAAGUUUGGUUGGUUGUUGAAUGAUUAAGUCAAACAACUUUUGACCACAGUUUCACCAAAACCCUAAAUCCUUGCUGCAUAUGCGCACUGUAGUUGAAAGGGACGCUGUGGUUGUACAGUACUUGUAAAUAUCCGUUCUGUCAUCAUGGGCUGUGUGUAUGUGGUGGUAAAUCUUAGUAUUUCUUACAAAUUGUUGAUUAUAAUGCAUACCUUGGGGUGACAGUACUCCAUAGAGGGACGGACGAAGACGAAAGUAAAACUAAUUAAUAAGGUGUUCCUGUUGUUAUAACGUUAUUACUGAAGUUCACCAGCCAAGGUAAGUGUUUAAACUAAUACCUGUACAUAUAAAAAUCUAUAACAUAAUACCUAACAUAACAGGGAUCCAGGUACAACUGAACCGUAUGGUCCUCGUCACCCGCGCCCCCUACAGUGUUGUUACAGUGUUUGAACUUUAAAACCUGAGAGUAUAAAGAGCCAAGUCUUGAUAACCUUAUUCCUCAAUUAAUAAGGUGAUGGAUACUCCUGGUCAUAGCCUGUUUGGAGGGACCAGUUUACACUUACAGGGGAUUGGGACACUGAAUUUUGAAGAUGAAGAACAGGAUGAAGAGGAAGAAGAAAAUAGGAGGAAGGAAGAAAUCCAAAACAUGAUAGUUAAUGCUUUUGAUGAUCUUGAGGAGGAGGAAUCUCUUGCAGAUCAGUCUAGUCAUUGCCCAUUGGGUCCUGACCAGGUUCACCAAGUGGCCCAGCACUUGGGCAUGGAAGAGUCUGAGAGGUCGGUGGAAAUGUCUCAUGUCCAGAGUGGGGAUGGACAUAGACAAAGAAAUUAUAGCAAUUCACAGAGCAGCAUAACAGAACAUUAUGGUCAUGAGGGUGGGGCAGACCUGUUUCCCAAGCAUCGUGGUACAGAUCUGCAUUCUUCUUGUAGCAGUAGCCAGGGCAGUGUUAACCCGUGGAGUGAUGACAGUCAUGAAGAUGUCUUACAAAGACAUGGUCCAUUUGUUACUGAAAUUUCUGAGGGGGGCCAUCAUUACUCUGGCCAGGAAAACUUGAUGAGAAACCCUCAACAGGAUAAUUUUGAUAAUAGGAGCAUAUAUAAUGAUGAAGGAAUGUCAUUGUAUGUGGCUGGUGAAUCUUAUCAUGCAGAUAAUUACAAGCCUGGCUUUGUUGAUGAUGAAGGUUCUAAAGAAACACUGAGUAACCAGUAUAAGGAAGGAGAUAUAGCAUACGAUCAACUGAAGCUGUUGUAUGAAGCCAGAGGCAGGGAAAUUGAUAGGCAGAUGUCUGAAAUAUCAAAGUUGAAGUUUGAAAGUAGUCGUGAAAUUCGGGUGUUACAACAUCAACUGAAUCUUCUUAAAUCAGAAGCUGAAAGCAAAGAGGCCAGUGUAAAACAACUGCAGAUUCUUUUGUCAGAAAAAGAUGAAAGAGUAAAGAAGAUGGUAAUUGACAUUAAAGAGUCUCAUGACAAGCUAAAAGCAGCUCAGGAUGAGAAUAACAAGAUACAAUUUGAACUAGAAUCAGCAGAAUCUACAAUCUCCAGCUUAGAAUGCCAAAUUUCAGAAUUAAAAGCUGCUGAUAGUUUAGCAAGAAAUCAGCAGUUACAUGAAAAUUUUGUUCGUAAACUUCAGCACAACAACCAAGAAGAGCAGUACUUGAUGGUAACAAAAUUACAAGAGUCCCAGAAAGAAGCUGAGACAUUCAAGCAAGAGAUUAAAAGAUUAAGAGAUGAAUUGAAGAACCUGAGAGGAACUUAUGAUGAUGCACUUGUACAAAAAACUGAAACUGUAACAAAACUUACUUUAACAAUUGAAACUGUAAGAAAGCAGUAUGAAGAGCUGUUGCAAGCUCAUGAUGGCCAACAUAUUUUGGAAUUACAGUUGAAAAUUCGAAGCCUUGAAUCCAGCAAACAAGAAUUUGAAACUAAAGUUAGGGCACUUGAAAGUGAAGUAGCAAAAGCAAGAGAGGACUUGGAUGGAUAUGAUAUUGCCAUGAAACUAGGUCUGAUGAAUGAUAUGGUGCCAUAUGAGGAUUCUAUGGUGCAGAUGGGUGUAAAGAAGACUCUGAACUAUAAUGACACUGUAACUGAAGUUAGACAGAAGAAGGACACCCAAAACAAGUUAACUGAAUCUCAAGAAAGAAUAAAAUUAAGGGAGGAGCUGAAAAACAGUUUGUUAAUUAAUAAAGCGAAGCGGGAUGAAAUAAAGGUGUUAAGGGAAGAAACCAGAGAGAAACAGGUAAUAAUUAAGAAAGCGCAGAGUGACCUCAAGGAAGCACAAAUAGAAAUAAAGAAAUUAUGUGGAAAUUUAAUGAAAUUACAACUAGAACAAGCCGAAUGCCAGUUACGGGACGAUGACGGGACUAAGAUGUCAGUUGUACAGGCUGAAAAUAUUUCCCUUCGACAAGAACUCGCUCCUUUGUAUAGCUCCAUUAGACAGCUAAAGCUUUCUUUUAAAAAGUUUAAUGACCUGAUUCAGAAUUGGAAAAAUGAUUUGCCUAAUUUGAAUUCAGAAGACAACCUUGCUGCUAUAAUUGAAAGGUAUGAUAAAUGGCUCCAGCAUGUUGAGUCAUACAGAAAUUUUGUCUCAGAAGUUGAAAAGUUCAGUGAAUCUAUUUCUCAGAUUAGAGAAGAAAAUCAUAAAUUGCACGAAGGACAAGUUCUGUGGGAGAAAAGAUUCCAUGAUAUACAAAUCAGAUUGAAAGUUUCUGAAAAGAUGAUUAUAGAUGCUGCAACUGAUCAAGGUAGACCAAAUGAGUUCAACCAAGCUUGCAACAUUCUUCAACAGCUGCUGGGGAAUAUAAGUCGGCUAGUAAUGGUUGUCAAGGAAGAAAAUGCUGAUGUAUUUAACGAGAAACUGAACUUGCAGGAUCAGUUGACAGCUCGCCACCUGGAAAUGGAAAAGCUAAGGAAGGAUAUUAAGGAUCUGCAGGACGAUAAGGAAGACCUACAGUUAAAAAUGUUGGCCAUGUCUAAGAAAAAUGAAGAAGAAAAAGAGGCAGCUUUAGAGAGUUGUAAGAAUACAUAUUUAGAGUUCCACAAGGAAGCAGUACGUGAACUUGAACAGAAGAUUAAAACUGAUUAUGAAAAUAUUGCACAGAAUUUGAAAGGAGAGAUUAACAGACUUGCAGAUCAGCUAAGUAGGACGAAGGAAUUGUACAUCAGGAUUUGUGAGGAGAAGGAUGAAAUUGAGGAUAAAUUAAAACAGCUUGAGGAAACGGCAGAAUUAGAGAAGUCUCAAUCACAAAAAGAGAGACAAGGAAGCUCCACUCCAACCCCACAUUCCAGUGUUGGGGUUAAUUCUGAAAAGACAGACAUAAUGCAACAUGUCACCAAGUAUGAAAAUAAAAUAAAAGACCUUGAACUACAAAUAGAAACUCUGAAGGAAAAUUAUAAAGUAGAAAAGAAAGAGAUUUUAAUGGAGAAAGAGAAACUGCAAAUCAAAUAUCAACAACAGUGUGAAGAGAUGGAAACUGUCCGAGAGGCAUCACUAAAGGCCUUGGCAGAGUUACAAGUGAAAUGUGCAACUUUAGAAGAGUGUAAUGUGAUGUUAAAUGAUGAGUGUAGGAAAUUGGAGGAAAAUUUAUUGAAAAUGAAAGAAGGUAACAAAAAGCCUGAAGACGUUGAUUUAAACGAACACGGACAUUGGCAAUUUGUUCUGGAGAGGCAUCAGAAACGAGUAGAUGAAGAAAAACAGGAAUUAAAGAUGUACUAUGAAAAUUUAAUUAAAGAACUAGAAAAUAAAUAUACCACACCAGAAAUUUCAAAGCUAUUGAAAAACAAGAUGACAAAACAGGAAGAUGACAUACAAUUGUUGAAGAAUAAAGUUAAACAACAAGAGAAAGAUAUAAAGGAAAUAACAAAUGAAUGUGGAAGAAUUAAAGAAACGGCUGAAGUCAGAGAACACGAUAGAGAGCAGGAGGUACGCAAGUUCACAGACAUCGUGCAGAACCUUGAGGGUCAGGUGAAAGAAAAACAAGAUGAAAGUAAUAACGCAAGAGCUGCCUUCCAGAAAUAUAUACAAGAGCUCAACGAACAUCAAGCUCUUUUAAACCAGAAAUUGAAGAAAGCUGAGGAAAGUUCUGCACAGCUGCAAGAGACACUCGCUAAAUAUAAUAAAUUAAAAGUAAGUUAUAUGAAAUUUCAAAAUGAAUAUAAAAUACAAAUUUCCUAUUACAAAGAAGAGUCUAAUAGAAUGGUAUCAGAGUUUGCAACUAAAAAGGAAAUAUUGCUGGAUCGUUUGAGGAAGUGCAUUGAAGAAGUUAAGCAGAUGUGUACAUCGUGUAUCGACAAUAUCAUAUCUUCUCUGAAAGGGUUAGAUUCUAUGCAACAGAAUAUGCAUCAAGCAGUGUUAGAGCUUGAGGAAUUAUCUAAAGACAUAAAGAAUUUAACACUAACAAUAACAUAAGUCCUUUUAUACCUGUUGAAA